CAAAUCAAACCGUCGUCUCGUCUCGCCACUCCGUCAUUCUCGUCAGCUCUCACGCGGACCGCACCGACCCGCGAGAGAAAAGGAGAAAAGAGGAAGAAGAAUCGGCCGUUCGAUCGCGGGCCGAAACCCUAGGCCGCAGCCCCCCCUCCUCAUGCCCUCCCCGCCGCCGCCAUGAGCCUCUCCGCCCUCUCCCGCGCGCUCGCGCGCUCCUCCCGGUCGCGCCAGGGUUAUCUGCUCGGGGGCCAUGGCGUGCUCCGCGCACCGCUGCCUUCGCCUUCGCCGCCGCCGUCGCCGCUGCUGCCCGGCGGUGAGGGCGCCGGGCUGCGGCUCGUGCGUCGCUACCUGACGUCCGCUCUGGGGAGCCGGGCUUCCUCGGCCAAUGCGGCCGGGAAGGUCCGAGACGGGAGGUCCCUGCUCGCCAACUCGCAGUCCCGGCGGCUGUUGUCCGACCAGUCGAAAAAGAAUUUCCCCAAGGAGAAGGAGGUGCCGCAAGGGGAUGGGAGCAACAAGUCUGAAUCGAAGAAGGAAUCCAAUUCAGGUGGUCAGCCAAAUGUCCAGGAGAAACUUCUGAAGCUAUUCCAGGACUCUAUUGGUCCUGUAUUCCUUCUUGGCCUAUUACUAGCAACAUUAUCGGGUUCAUCAGAGAAGGAGAUAAGCUUUCAAGAAUUUAAGAACAAGCUUUUAGAACCUGGGUUAGUUGACCGGAUCGUUGUUAUAAACAAGACAGUUGCAAAAGUUCAUGUCAGAAGUUCACCCUCAACCAAGCAAAACCAGCAUAGUGAUACAAGUAUUACUACCAGUCAUCUUCCUGGUCAAGAGGCUCCUAGCAAAUACAAGUAUUACUUUAAUAUUGGAAGUGUUGAUUCUUUCGAAGAGAAGUUAGAAGAGGCUCAGGAAGCAUUGGGGAUAGAUCGACAUGAUUACAUCCCUGUAAUUUAUGCUGAUAAGAUAAGCUGGUUCCAGGAAAUCAUGAAGUUUGCUCCGACACUUUUCAUUGUUGGCUUGCUAUAUGUGGUGGGGAGAAAGAUGUCGAUUAGUAUUGGUAGUGGUUCUGGGCAAGGAGGCCGUAGUAUUUUCAGCAUUGGAAAAGCUCAAGUGACAAAGAUGGAUAAAAACUCCAAAAACAAGGUUUUCUUUAAGGAUGUAGCUGGUUGUGAUGAAGCUAAACAAGAAAUCAUGGAAUUUGUUCAUUUCCUGAAAAACCCUGACAAAUAUGAAGCGCUGGGAGCUAAAAUACCGAAGGGUGCUCUUCUUUGUGGCCCCCCUGGCACAGGGAAGACUCUCCUUGCUAAAGCUACUGCUGGAGAGUCUGGUGUACCUUUCUUGUCUAUAUCUGGUUCAGACUUCUUGGAAAUGUUUGUUGGUGUUGGACCAUCCAGGGUGAGAAGCUUAUUUCAAGAAGCUCGGGAAUGUGCACCUAGUAUUGUAUUUAUUGAUGAAAUUGAUGCAAUUGGUCGUGCAAGAGGCCGUGGAGGGUAUUCUGGUGGGAACAGUGAGCGUGAGAAUACGUUGAAUCAGUUGCUUGUAGAGAUGGAUGGGUUUGGAACAACAGCUGGGGUAGUUGUACUUGCGGGCACAAAUAGACCUGACAUCCUGGAUAAAGCUUUGCUAAGACCAGGAAGAUUUGAUCGUCAGAUAAGUAUUGAUAGGCCAGACAUAAAUGGCCGUGAACAAAUAUUCCGCAUCUACCUUGCAAAGCUAAAACUGGAUAAGGAGCCGUCGUUCUAUUCGCAAAGAUUAGCUGCGUUGACACCUGGAUUUGCUGGAGCAGAUAUUGCCAAUAUCUGUAACGAGGCUGCUCUAAUUACUGCAAGAAGAGAUGAGAAGCUGAUUACAAUGCAGCAUUUUGAGUCUGCAAUUGAUAGGGUAAUUGGAGGCUUGGAGAAGAAAAAUACGGUCAUUAGCAAACUGGAGCGUCGAACCGUUGCUUACCAUGAAUCUGGUCAUGCUGUUGCUGGAUGGUUUUUGGAGCAUGCAGAGCCACUCCUUAAAGUUACAAUUGUACCUCGUGGAACAGCUGCUUUAGGCUUUGCCCAGUACGUACCAAGUGAGAAUCUUUUGAUGACAAAAGAACAGUUUUUUGACAGGACAUGCAUGACCCUAGGUGGCCGAGCCGCUGAGGAGGUUUUGAUUGGGAAGAUCUCGACUGGUGCUCAGAAUGAUCUGGAGAAAGUUACUAAAAUGACUUACGAGCAGGUUGCAGUAUAUGGCUUCAGUGAAAAGGUUGGGCUCCUAUCUUUCCCUCAAAGGUAUGAUGGUUUUGGAAUGGACAAGCCAUAUAGCGGGCAGACAGCAUCCAUGAUUGACACUGAGGUGAGGGAAUUGGUUGCCAAGGCCUACAACACCACUACUGAGCUGAUAAGGAAGCACAAGGACAAAGUUGCCCAAGUUGCAGAGCUGUUGCUUGAGAAGGAGGUCCUCCAUCAGGAUGAUCUGGUCCGGGUUCUAGGGGAGCGCCCAUUCAAGACAGCCGAGCCAACAAAUUAUGAUCGCUUCAAACAAGGUUUCAUGGAUUCGGAGGACAGUAAGAGUGCUGAAGUCGACCCAUCAUCAUCCGUUGGCGAGGCAGUGCCAACCUAACUUGGGCAAUACCAUAUCUGCGUUGCACAUAAAGAUUUCGUAACUCUAUUUGGCAUGGCAAGCUGUAUAAAUGAAUGCCUCUGUCAAGCCCUAGAACUCCUAUUUUGCUAAUCAAGACGGCGUCGACUCUCCGUAGGUGAUCCUGUAGACUGUAGUCAUAAUCUAUUCGCUGCUUACCCUGCAAUUGGCACCACAAAAUGCCAUGAGAUUUUUCCUUGAAUCCUGUUACCCAGCUCUGCUGAUGAAAAACCGGUGAUUCGGUGGCACUGUGAGCUAGCCAGAAUGUUUUGCCCUGUUUGUUUCCCCCUGUAGUUUCGCUUCUUGCAUGACAAUGGCAAUUUGUUGGAGCAAUGAAUCAAGCAAAUCACUAACCGGUGUUUCUUUCGUGAA